AUGCCAAUUUUGUCUUUAAUAACAAGACCCAGGAUGAACUGCAGUCAGGCUCAUGGAUUUAUCCUCUUGGCACUAUCUGGAGAACAAGAGAAAUGGCAGCCCCUCUUUAGCAUCUUCCUGGGUCUCUACCUCCUGGGCCUUUUAGGGAACCUGCUACUUCUGUUAGCUAUUGGUGCUGAUGUCCACCUCCACACCCCCAUGUAUUUCUUCCUCAGUCAGCUCUCACUUGUGGAUCUUUGCUUAAUCACCACCACAGCUCCUAAAACACUGGAGUCUCUGUGGACUGGAGAUGGAUCAAUCUCAUUCUCUGGAUGCCUGACUCAGUUUUACUUCUUUGCUGUUUUUGUGGACAUGGAUAACCUGCUUCUGGCAGUCAUGGCUCUUGACCGCUAUGUUGCUAUCUGUCACCCACUCCUCUACCCACUUCUCAUGACUCCCUGUAGAUGUGAAGUUCUUGCCAGUGGAUCAUGGGGAGUAGCUCAUUGUGUGUCUCUGGUCUGCACCUUAUUGCUUUCUCAGUUAUAUUUUCAUACCAAUCAAGGGAUACCUCAUUUUUUCUGUGAUUCUUGGCAUCUCUUAUUGCUUUCCUGUUCAGACACUCAUCUCAAUGAAGGACUGUUGCUGGCUUUGUUUGUAGUUUUGGGAAUUAGUGCCAUUCUCUGCAUUAUAAGUUCCUAUGGUUGUAUUUUUUAUGCUGUGUCUAGAGUUCCAUCAGCACAGGGGAAAAGGAAAGCCUUGGCCACAUGCAGUUCCCACCUCUCUGUAGUCCUCCUUUUCUAUAGCACAGCCUUUGCUACCUACCUCAAGCCCCCAUCUACUUCUCACUCCUCUGGGGAUGUGGUAGCUGCUGUUAUGUACACCUUGGUAACUCCUACUCUGAACCCCUUCAUUUAUAGUCUGAGAAAUAAGGAUGUUAAGAGUUCAUUGAGAAGGAUCCUGAACAUGGAGAAGGCUCAAAAUUAA